AUGAAGUCGGUUUUGGAAAAGCGCCUUCUCAGGCGCGAGCUUGGCGAGUAUACGCCUUUCUCCAGCAUCGCGGGAAUAUAUGGAGAUAAAACUUGGAUUGAGGAUAUGGAUAUUGUCAAUGAAUUGGGCGGUCAUACUGGUUGCGUUAAUGCCUUAAGUUGGUCUACUUCGGGGAGACUUCUGGCCUCUGGCUCUGACGAUCAGCACUUGAAUAUCUACUCCUAUCAGCCUGAUUCAUCCACCGCACCCUUCUUCCUCAACACUACCAUACAAACUGGUCACUCCGCAAACAUAUUUUCAGUAAAAUUUAUGCCACACUCCAAUGACCGGACACUUGUCUCAUGUGCAGGAGAUUCCGAAGUCCGUGUUUUUGACAUUGAGCACUCGGGCCGAAUGUCUGUGUCAUCAGAAUUUGCUACUUCCGCGAGAAGUCGUCGGUUCAAUAACUUUUUUAAUGGAAUGUGGUACUUGACAGACGCGAACACGAAUGCUCGUGUAUAUAGAUCCCAUGCGGACCGAGUGAAACGAAUCGUCACGGAGUCCUCGCCGUACCUGUUCCUCACUUGCUCAGAGGAUGGUGAGGUUCGACAGUGGGAUUUAAGACAGCCGUCUUCUGCAUAUCCUUCACCUCGUGGCGGGCAAGGUUUUAUGGCUUAUAGGCCCGGUCUUAACCAUGAUGACUCUAAUGUUCCUCCACCGUUGAUAUCAUACAAACGAUAUCACAUCGACCUAAACAGUAUAUCCUGUUCCUCGAGUCAGCCGCAGUACAUUGCUCUCGGAGGAGCACACUUGCACUGCUUCCUUCAUGACAGGCGAAUGCUGGGGCGUGACUUUCUUGCUGAACGAGGCAAGAUGGGAAGUCUAUCUCCUGGUCCCUGGAGUACUGAUGAUGAUGCUAUGAGUCAGGCAACUAGAUGUGUUCGACGGUUUGCGCCCAACGCUCAGAAAAAAGUCAGAUCUGGAGAUAACGGCCAUAUCACAGCAUGCAAGAUAAGCGAUGCCAACCCUAACGAAAUAGUAGUCAGUUGGUCUGGGGAUCACAUAUAUAGCUUCGAUAUUAUGCGCAGCCCUGAUGCUAGAGAUGCCAAGAAUGCUGAAGAGCCAACUAUUCAAGAAAACUCUCGUUCCAGAAAGACAAAAAAAUCUAGGGCCCGAAAGCGGAAGCGAGAAAACACUAACCGUGCAUCCAGGGCAAGUAGCAACAGAUACAAUUCACGGUUAAGAUCUGGCGGUAGCCAAGAAGACCCAGAUAUGUCUUUUAGAGUCAGAUAUGGGAAUGGUCGGUCAGAGGAUAUUUCACUUGAUUCUCUCCCAGGAGGUAUCCCUGGCGCUCCUUCAGAGCUGAUAGAAAGAGCACGAGACUGCGAUUUAUUCCACCAAAUCGUACCUGCUCCAACUGAAAAUGGAUUGAUAGAUCCUUCGGCCCAAUUUGGAUACGAUUUCCUAAAAGCAAUCCUCCUCUGGCUCGAGGGUGGACGACAGUCUCUUUUGCGAGGCUUCAAGUGGAAUCGCGCCCACCGUCACGAUAGUGACAGAUUUCCCAUACCCGAAGACGCUGAAGAAGAUUCCAUCGAAUCUAUAUUAAUUCCAUAUCUACGAAAUCUAGCAGGGGAUGAAGCUAUCAAAAACGUUGAUGCGUCGAGAUUUGAACAUGAUUCAUCGCGCGUCUUGUUUGUCUCACAGUUAGCUGCUGUUAAUGCAUUUGCGGAAUGCAUUAAAUUGUCUCUAACAGACCUUGUAGGGAGCGCUGCAGCUUCCGCAAGAGAAGGGGGUGGUGAGAGCAGUGAAGGCGGAACAGAUUUGCAAUCUUUGGAUCGCAAUACCUCCUUUCGAUUCUGGGGCCUCAAGGUAGGCAGGGGAAUACUCAUGGAGGUGGGCGAGGGUGUCAACUUUGAAUUCGUUAACCGUGCCUUUGGUGGUAUUCGGGCUACUGUGGAAGAGGACGAUGAAAAUGAUGAUCAAAGGGAAAGAAUCCAGGAAGACAUUGAUCCUGAUGAGGAAGAGGAACAGAUCGAAGAAGUUAGACUAAUGACUUCUGCUGAUCGAGCGACGAGCAGGAGCCAGCGACCAGCGGAUAAUCCUAUGAGCGACCAACCUCCACAAGACCCAGAGUCACCAGUAGCUGGAUCGCUAAACCAACGCCUGGCAGAUUGUGAUUCUGACGAAGAAGACUCUGGGACGGAUGACGACGGACCAGAUGGCUCUUAUGAUUAUCUCUCAGAUUCAGAAAAUAGCGGCCGCGCCAGCGACUCUGACGAGAGUGACGAAUUUGGCGGGCCUGCUGGUCGGUUAUUUGUCCGACGGGGUGGUAAUCGGCGAAAUGCAGUUGAAAGCCAUGUUCCCUGUUCCACACAUUUAAAUGUUUAUCGAGGACAUUGCAAUAUAAAAACUGUCAAAGACGUGAAUUAUUUCGGAUUAGACGACGAAUAUGUGGUUAGUGGCAGUGAUUCUGGACAUGUUUUUAUCUGGGACCGGAAGACCUCGGAUUUGGUCAACAUUCUGGAGGGCGAUAGCGACGUUGUCAACGUGGUUCAAGGCCAUCCGUACGAACCAACUCUUGCUGUUUCUGGGAUCGAUCGAACUAUCAAAAUAUUCUCUCCAGACACUCGAGCUCAACAUAAUGCCCGUCUAGGAAUUAAUAUUGCUGAUCCUGAUGCGCACGCUAAUAUCGUUUCUGGGAGUCAUGUUGGAGGAAACCAAACAGGUCGUCACGAACUUGGGCUUAAGAGCCGAAAGCGCAUGCAGGACAGCUAUCAGAUAAUGAGUCAAAAUGACAUCAACCGGCAGGGAGGGAUGAACGAAGCUUUCAUCACGAGGGGUAUGCUGGCGCGCCUGGCAGCAGCGCUGAGAGAAAGACAGGUUAUCCGAGGUACCAUAGAGACUACAGAGGGUGGCGAAGGGGGUACCAUCAUCUUGGAUGAGAAUUGCAACGUUAUGUGA